GGGUGGAAGGUGUAGGUGAGCAGGUGUGGUGCUGGCGUAUGAGGGUUGUUUAGGGUCAGGCUUGGGGUGAGGGGAUGCCCCAUCGCUCAGCCUGACGUGGGGGCUUCUUCUGCAGGUUCCUGGAGACAGAGACUAGAGGGGACGCUGAUUCGGAGGAGGAUGGUGGGGCAGACACUCUCAGAGAGCUGCAGAUACUCCAACAAAAUAGAACAUCCGUAUGAAGCCAAAAUCUGGCGUCAGAUAAAAGCAUCUAAGUCCAUCUGGUUAGUCUCCACUUCCAAGCCCAGGACGUUGGCCCAGGACUCUUGCUACACAAUCUGGGAUGACCCUAGCUCUGGCUUCACUAAUGUCAACAUGGCUGAGCUCAAAGGGAAGGCUUCAGGAAGCUACCAGUGUGCAGCCAAGGGUUCCAAAGGUGGCAUCAUUCCGUACAAGAAAAUCCACCUGCUGGUGUUCCCAGUCACACUUGCUUUUUCCGUGACAACCAGUCCAAGCUCCACCAGUGACUCCGAGCACAGGAAGCAGCUACGUGGCAGGAGUGACGGAACCUCCAUCCGCGCUGAUUUCACACGUGAGGCAGAUGAGGUUUGUCCCCGGUCACUUGGCUACUUCAGGAAGAGUCUCCAUGGGCACCUCUGGGUGCUGCCCCCCCAGGUUUGCCGCUUGCAGAUCUGGGUGUCUUCCCCCUGUACCCCAACGGGUCUGCUUGUACCUCCGGCUCCAGUGGUUCUCUGCUCUCACUCCAGCCCAAUCUGUCUGCCACCACCCCUCUUGGCAGGGUCAUUCCUGUCCCCAUGA